GGGCGUCGCGCAUUCUGUCAGUUGCAAUCGCAGGAGCUCGUGCGACGUCUGCGUAGCUGAUUGGUUCUACCUCCGGCUCUAGGCCAAGCGACUGGUGCUUUCCUGACGGGUCGUGAAGUGGCUGCGAUGGGCUCUCGGGCGUCUACGCUACUUAGGGACGAGGAGAUUGAGGAGAUCAAGAAGGAGACGGGCUUUUCUCAUAGUCAAAUUACUCGUCUAUACAGUCGGUUUACCAGCCUGGACAAAGGAGAGAAUGGUACUCUAAGCCGUGAAGACUUUCAACGCAUUCCAGAACUUGCUAUUAACCCAUUGGGGGAUAGGAUUAUCAAUGCCUUUUUUCCAGAAGGAGAAGAUCAGGUGAAUUUUCGUGGAUUCAUGAGGACUUUGGCCCACUUCCGACCCAUUGAGGAUAAUGAAAAAAGCAAAGACCAGAAUGGGCCAGAACCUCUUAACAGCCGGAGCAACAAAUUGCACUUUGCUUUUCGAUUAUAUGACUUGGAUAAAGAUGAUAAAAUUUCUCGGGAUGAACUGCUUCAGGUCUUGCGGAUGAUGGUUGGUGUAAACAUCUCUGAUGAACAACUUGGUAGUAUUGCCGAUAGAACAAUCCAGGAGGCUGAUCAAGAUGGCGACAGUGCAAUCUCCUUUGCAGAGUUCGUUAAAGUUUUGGAGAAAGUGGAUGUAGAACAGAAAAUGAGCAUUCGAUUUCUUCACUGAUGAAUUGAAGCCAGUUUAUGUUAUCCUAAUAUUUAAAGAAUAUAGUUUAUUUUACUCACUUUUCUCCUGAGCGUUGCUAUUGGUGCAUGUGAGGUAUGUCUCCAAACUUUCCCCAGUUUGUCCAUCAACAAGAACAUUCCUUCUGCAUCAGAAAAAAGGAACAUGGCUGCAGUGCAGCUUGGAAAUGGAGCAGUGACAUGGCCUUUUCCUCAGUUCUUGAAUUAUUUCCUGACCAUAAAUUGAUUUCUUCUCAUGUACUGUAAUCUGUACCAUUUUACAAACUCCUAAUGAAAAAGAGAAGAGGGCAAGUUCCACCGAAGAGCUCAGAACUGUUCAAACAAAAACUCCUGAUUUGGUAGUAUUAUAUGUCAUUCUGUUUGUCUUGCCUCCCCUCCCUCCUUGAUUUCAUUUAAAUAGAUGUUUGUCAGUCUCUUCAAAACUUUUUAAAGUAAGAAUAACAAGGCAAUGGCUUGAAUGGUUAUAGCCUCCCAAGUGUGUCAAAUCUUAUUAAUUUGUCCACAGGAAAGUCGGACAUCUGCCAAGAGUAUAAUUUGCAAUGUGGUUCACUAGUGUAGACUGUUGAAUAGAAAGCUUUUCUAUUGUCCCUCUCUUAGCUGCUGCUUGUGAAUGUAUUUGAUCUGAAAUACUUUCUUUCUUGUGCUUUUAUUAUUUCUUGUUCAGGAAAUAUUUGCAAUACAUUUCUACUGCAUAACUGUAGUGAAAGUCA